AUGAGUACCUUCUGUCGUUUACAUGAAGGUACUUCAUUUGUAGCUAUAGCUUACCCAACGGUUUGCUUUGAUCGCGCCAUGAGUCCCGCACAAUCUGAAGACUCUGGUUUGGCACCCGAACGCGGAACCACUUACGCCACAAUCACAUUACCACGUGAUAAUGCACCCAAUAUGGGCAUCACAUUUGCAGAACGCAACGACCUUUCGUAUCCACCUGUUAUCGCUGCGCUGAGUCCACUGGGUCAUGCUGCUGAUUUUCUGGCGCCUGGUGAUCGUAUACAUCAGAUUGAUGGCAUCUCAACAAUUGGGUUAACCAAUCAACAUAUAAUGAGCAUGUUGAGCGGUGGAGAUGGCAGUCCUGCUGUAAUAGAAAUCGAAUAUUCUUUACCCGAAUACAUUUCCCAAAAUAGUCUUUGCGUCACAUCGAAAUUGGCGCAAAUCACUGUGGAACGCGAGAGCGGUUGCCUUGGCUUAACGCUACGUGGCGGCGGUGACUAUCCACUGAUCGUAACGCAUGUACGCCCGCAUGGGCCUGUUUACAAGACGGGACGCAUCAAACCCGGCGAUCGUUUGCUGCGCGUUGAUAAUGUUUCGCUUAUUGGUAAAACUUUGGCGGAAGCGCAACAAAUUAUCAAAUGUGGCGGACACAUUUCCGGUUAUACAAAUCUGACAAUUGAAUAUGAUGUAUCUGUGGUGCAGAGUGUAGAAUUUUCUAUGGGUCCCUUGCUUAUAGAGAUUGAACGCCCAAUGAAUGAUAAACUGGGUUUGGUAUUGUGUAAUUACUCGAGUAUUACACAUAAUGAUCACACAAAAAUCGAUGAAGUGAGUCCGGCGAGUGUUUAUAUUGCCAGCAUUUUACCGGCUAGCAUUGCAGAUAGAUGCGGUGCUUUAUCAGUCGGUGAUCAAGUAUUAUCGAUCGAUGAUACGAUUAUUGAAAAUUCUGCCUAUAGUCCAGAUGAGGUAAUGACUCUUCUGGAUAAUACAACAAUACGUGGUUAUACGCAAAUGCAAAUAAUGCCUGCACACGCAUUGGCUAGAAGAGGUCACACAACUCUCGGCAGUCCAAAAUACGGCUUCAGUACGCUGGAAUCGCGCAAAUCACGACAACGACAGCGUUUUGUGCGCAAAAGUUCGCUACCACUCGAAAGCGGUGGCAAUAGUAGCGGUGGCAGUAGUGGGCCAGGGAGCAGUGCAAGCGGUGGUAGCAGUGGCAGCGCUGGUGGCAAUAGUAGCACAUCCGUUGUCGGCACAAACGCUUUGCAUCACACUAGCAAUAUGGGCAUUUGUCGAGCUGAAACAUUUCCGGUAUUAUUGGAUUGCAGUCAAGGUUCCGGUAUUAUUUUAGGACCACAAACACCAUGCGGUCGUGCCAUAACAAUAGCACAGAUUAUGCCCGAUUCGGUGGCAGAUCGUAGUGGUUGCAUACAGAAAGGCGAUCUUGCUAAUAACGAUGAUGACGAUAUUGAACAUCACUUCGAUGAUGAUGAACUGUUCGACUUAUUGAAAGAAAACAAAAGUGGAAGACGGUAA